UCUUUAGUUAACCGGUGACGUUUACGUAGACUGCGCGUGUCGGCACGCAAGCGCAACCAUGCGUUACCGUUUUUGACAUCGCAAAUAAGUUCAAUCUAUUGACAAACCCUCAUAGACCAAUUAGAGAUCGACAAAUACAAAAUUAGACUAUUAAAAUUAAAAAAAAAACUAACAGUGCUAAAUUUGUGAUAUGUGUUAAAAGGCGUUGGUCAUAAUGUCGAAUAUCCCGUUGGUGCGCCGCGCGAUAGCUGGGGCUGCGUUGGCUCACAAUUCUACUAGCGAACCGUUGGACGGGAGUCCGGAUGAUGGGAACCGUUGGACCCCCGCGGCUUUGGAAAGAGCUGGUUCAACGCUAAAAGCUUUGAAUCGCAUGGCGAAACGACCACCUGUGCACAUUCUGUUCGAAGAUCUUGGAUUUACAGUCAGUUCUGGAAAAGGAGAGCGCCGCAUACUUCACAGCGUAUCGGGCGAGUUCCGAUCUGGAGAACUGACCUGCAUCCUGGGGCCUUCCGGCGCUGGCAAAUCAACUCUGUUAGACAUAUUGGCUGGAUACACUUCAAUCGGCGUGGACGGUCGCAUCACGGUAAACGGCCAUGCACGAGACAUGCGGGUGUUUAAGAAACUCAGCAGCUAUAUCAUGCAAGAUGACUUACUGCAGCCCAGGCUCACCGUCAAAGAGUCCAUGAUGAUAGCAGCUGAUCUCAAACUUGGCAAGGAAUUGGGCAAGCCGGAAAAGGAACUCAUUGUGGAAGAAAUUCUGCAAACUCUGGGCUUGUGGGACCAUGUCAACACCAUGUCACAAAACCUAUCUGGAGGUCAAUCUAAACGUCUCUCUGUGGCGUUGGAACUGGUCAACAACCCGCCUAUCAUAUUUCUUGAUGAACCUACCACAGGCCUGGAUGUAGUGUCAAUACGUCAUCUAGUAGUUCUUCUGCGAUUGCUAUCUAGACAAGGGAGAACCAUUAUUUGCACUAUACACCAACCAUCUGCAUCAUUGUUCUCUCUCUUUGACCGUGUCUACGUUUUAUCGAGAGGACUGUGCUGUUACCAGGGCGCGGCGCCACUCCUUGUGCCGUACUUAUCAGAAAUCGGUCAUGUAUGUCCAACGACGCACAAUCCGGCCGAUUUUGUUCUGGAAACUUUAUUAGGGAACAUGGACGCGUCGGCGCAGAUGUCAGAACUGUGUCAAAAUGGAAAGCUAUGCAGGCGGCUGGACAGAAUAACUAGAGACGGACGGAGACCAGUAUUACAUUCCGACGAGUCCAUCCAAAGGAUAUUCGUGGAACUCGUCGCUAAAGAACAAAUGCAAAAGAUGGAGUUCCCAACUAGUUUCAUGACACAAUUCACAAUCCUGAUAAAACGAAUGUUCACACAGAAUAUUAGAAAUUCGUUAAGCUUAUGGAUCCAGUUGUUGCACCACAUCAGUGCCGCGGUGCUGCUGGGCGGCAUAUUCUUCCUCAUCGGCAACGACGGCAAUGCACCGAUAGCCAACUUCAAGUUCUGCGUCAGCUGCGUGGUUUUCUUCAUGUACACCCACAUUAUGAUACCUGUAUUGUUGUUUCCCAUGGAGCUGCGAAUGUUGCGGCGAGAAUAUUUCAAUCGAUGGUACAGCUUGAAGGCGUACUACGCGGCACUUACGUUAUCAAGUUUGCCUUUUAUGGUCAUGUUGGGGAUACUGUUCCUUAUUAUCAGCUAUCCGAUGUCAGGACAGCUACUGGAGUGGGAUCGCUUCAUAUUAUUCUCGAUCAGCGGUUUGAUGACAGCGAUCUGUUCUGAAGGACUGGGCUUACUCGUCGGGUCUACUUUCAGUGUUACCAACGGCUCAAUCGUCGGCCCAGCUACAGCGGCGCCUCUCCUGGCUCUAUGCUGUUAUGGAAUGGGCUUUGGACCGUACAUCGAAUGGAUAAUGAAAUGGUUUAUGUCCUUAUCGUACCUCCGUUACGGGUUAACGGGCUUAUGUCUUGCGUUGUACCAGAAAAGACCUUUGAUGGACUGCAAUGUUGAUUUUUGUUUGUACGCAGAUACCAAAAUCCUUCUCAGAGAUCUGGGCAUGGCAAAUGACAACUAUGGUACACAAAUAGCUAGCCUAUUUGGGUUCACUGUACUUUAUAGAUUAGUCGCGUACUUUAUGCUAAGAUAUCGUCUUACUACUGAAUACAAAAGCAAGUUCAUGAAUUAUGUUACAAAAUUUUUAAAGCACAGAUAACAAAAUAUAGAUAAGUACCUAGUUGUUAUUUGUGUUUAAAAAUGUUAUUUCUGAAAAUGCAUUCUUUUCUCCCUUUCUUUCUUUGUUUCACUUUCAACUAUGGGAGUCGACUGUAGACUUUUACGUUAUUAAAAAGUUACUUAUUUGUUACCUAUAACUUAACCAAUAAAGGGACUAGAAUUUAAUCUCGUCCAAGUCUCAAAUGUUUUAGUAAUGAAAUUUUGCAAAAAAAAAAUAUGCAAUAAGAAUAAAUCAAUUGUCUAUUUAAUGACUGACUUCGUUUAGUAACCAAUUACAAAGUUAGAAACUAUUUUGUACGGGAUUUUAAUGUUACUACCCAAGUAAAUUAUUAAUAAACAUUUAGUUAUUAAUUAAACUGUAUAAAUUAAUUAAUGUUGAGCAUAUAUACGGAAUAUGAUAAUUGGGUAGGUACCUACUAUCUGUGAUUUUUGUUAAGAAAAUAAAUUAGGUAAAUUAGUUUAAAGUAACUAAGUGUAUUAUGUUUGGUAUUUGUUUUGAUUAGGACAGUUAAUAAAUUAAUAUUAAUUUAACAUAUAGAUUGUAACAUUUUAAAAUGAAAUUUUGUGACAGGGAUAUUUGACCGAAAAAUUAAAAAUGGUAGGUAAGGCAUGUGAUGUUAUUUACAAAAAUGAAUAUUGUGAAAUUUUAAAAUAACCAACUAUAAAUUAAAUAAUGGUGUGAGAAAUUAUAAA